AUGGCUCUGAAUAACCCCAAACCACUGGGACCGUGGAAGAUCACGGUCUAUGACCAGGAGAACUUCCAGGGGAAGCGUGUGGAGUUCACCUCUGCCUGUCAGAACAUCAUGGAGUCUGGGGUGGACAAUGUCCGCUCCUUGAAGGUGGAGUGUGGAGCCUGGGCAGGAUAUGAGCACUCGAGCUUCUGUGGCCAACAGUUUGUUUUGGAGAGAGGAGAGUACCCACAGUGGGAGUCAUGGAGCGGCAGCAACGCCUACCACAUCGAGAGAUUGAUGUCCUUCCGCCCCAUCUGUUCUGCUAGCCACAAAGAGUCCAAGAUUGUGUUAUUUGAGAAGGAAAACUUCAUGGGACGUCAAUGGGACAUAAGUGAUGACUACCCCUCUCUGCAGGCAAUGGGCUGGUCCAACAAUGAGAUUGGAUCUAUGCAAGUUCAAUGUGGAGCUUGGGUGUGCUAUCAAUAUCCUGGUUACCGUGGUUACCAGUACAUCAUGGAGUGUGACCAUCAUGGCGGCGAGUACAAACACUACAGAGAGUGGGGCUCACAUGCACAGACGUUUCAGGUGCAGUCGCUGCGUCGGAUUCAACAAUGA